AUGGAGGAAAAGGUCAACCAGAAAAUUCUCGAGAUGCUGCACAGCGACGUCAUUGAACCUGUAGUAGGUCCGCCUAAAUGGAUAUCACCAAUAGUGGUAAGGAAGCACGAUAUCCGGCUAUGUAUCAACAUGAAAUACGCCAAUCAAGCUAUCCAACGGGAACAUUUCCCUCUGCCCAUGAUUGAUACACUUCUAAACAAACUUCAGGGAUCGACAUUUUUUUCCAAAAUCGAUUUAACAUCCGCCUUCCAUCACAUCGAGCUUCAUCCUGAUUCGCGUGGCAUUACCACUUUUAUGACCAACAGAGGUCUUAUGCAAUUUAAAAGACUGAUGUUUGGCAUAAUUUGCGCGGCGGAGAUAUUCCAGCGAGUCAUGUCAGAAAUGCUAACGGGAAUCGAAGGGACAAUCGUGUAUAUUGACGAUGUUGUUAUAUCUGGUAAACCCCGUGAAGAACAUGACGCUCGUUUGCAGGAGGUGCUUGGGGUACUCAAGGAUAACAAUGCGAAGCUAAAUAUGGAGAAGUGCGUGUUUGGCGUAAAGAAACUCGAAAUUUUAGGCUAUGAAGUCAGUGCAGCUGGGAUCAGUCCAUCGGAGGAUAAGAUUGUCGCGGUACGGAAUUUCAGAUGUCCAGAAACGAAAGAAGAGGUCCGCAGCUUCCUUGGUCUUGUCAACUUCAUUGGGCAUUUCAUACCAGAUCUCUCAACAAGAACAGAGCCGUUGCGACAAUUUAUUAGGGAGAAGCAGCUUGUUUUGGCGAAAAUCAAAGACAGGCGUUUGAAGAUCUGCGGAUCUACUAACAUCUCAGACGUCUGCUCUCGCCUGUGCAAGGACUCAGAAAUUCCUUUCGAUGAAACCACAGAGCAUUUCCUGUGUUCGAUCGGCGAAUCACCAAACGCUAUCACGCUGCAAGAAAUAAAAACUGAAACGGCUGUCGAUGAGACAAUGCUAGCGGUCACCGAAGCAAUACAAACUCACAGUUGGCCAGAAAGUUUAUUCCGCUAUCAGGCUUUCACAAAAGAGUUGGGAGUAAUCGGAGGUAUAAUAGUAAGAGAAGAUAAAAUCAUCCUACCGCCUAAAUUGCGGGAGAGAGCGUUAGAAAUUGCCCAUCGAGGUCACCCAGGGAUCGUUGCAAUGCGUAGAAUUCUUCGAGAAAAGGUAUGGUGGCCGUACAUGGACAGAAGCGUUGGUGAUUUUUUACAGCAAUGCGCCGGUUGCGCAGCAGUGAGUGGACUGGAAGCUCCUGAACCCAUGAAACGGAUUUUAAUGCCAGAACGCGCCUGGCAAGAAAUAGCCAUCGACUUCUUUUCCGCCAAAGAAUGUGCGACAUUUCUAGUCCUCAUCGACUAUUACAGUCGUUACACGAAAGUUAUAGAGAUGAAAGGCACAACGGCGCGGAAGACCAUCGACGCCCUCGAAAGCGUGUUCAUGGAGCAAUCAUAUCCCGAAUCCAUUAGAAGCGAUAAUGGACCUCCGUUUUCGUCCGAAGAAUUUUCGUCCUACUGUGUUUCCAAAAAUAUAAGGCUAAUAAGAACCAUUCCGUACUGGCCUCAAAUGAACGGUCUUGUUGAGCGCCAUAACCAAGGCUUGCUGCGGGCCCUGAGAAUUGCUAAAGCAGUUAAGGAAGAUUGGAGGAAAGCCGUUAGUGACUACGAACAUAUGUACAAUACAACACCGCAUUCCGUAACUGGUAGACCGCCCUUGGAGCUGUUAACUGGACGGCCGAUUAAGGACUUACUUCCCUCCCUACGAACUGAACCGUAUUGGCAGCGAGACGAAGAGACCCGAGAUAAUGACGCAAUAAAGAAGAUGAAGGGGAAGCUAUAUUCCGACAAUAGAAGGAACGCUAAAGAUUCAAGCAUUGCCGUAGGUGAUGAAGUAAUGUUGAAAAACUAUGAAACCGGAAAAUUGGAAUCGAAUUUCAAACUCGAGAAGUUUACGGUAGAUAAAAGAAUGGGAAGUGACGUCAUUGUUUCGAAUGAUGAAGGGGUUCAAUAUCGUCGUUCUGUUUCUCACAUGAAGAAGUGGCCAACUAGUCGUGAACUAUCCAUGGAAAGCCAGUCCGAUAAACUUUCUCAGCGGACACCGGCAACAUGCUCAGCGGAACAUUCUGAAGCACCUUCCCGCGUCAAUGAGAAAAGACAAGGUCAACGCCAAUUGGAAGACUCUCCGGUUCAACGGCCUAAGCGAGCGAAGAAGUUGCCAACAAGAUACAAGUUAUAA